AUGAAAACUCAGAGUCUUCCGGAACGUCUUGCGGAAUAUUUUGUGAUUUGUGGCUUGCCUAAGAAUCCAAGUACAUAUGACGUUUCCAAGAUCCUUACACAUGCUGAGGAGAUAAUCGCUCCCAAUACUUCGAUUGACUUCACGCGAUUCCCUGAACCUAUUGUUGAUAUUAAGAUUGUUAGUUUAAGAGAGAAAGAAGAAAUACCGGAAGGGUAUACAUGUAUUAAAUACAGUGUCUCUGGAAAACACAAAGCCAACAUCCUUUUGAAUUUUGGAGAGGAGGCUUGUAUAUGUUACCGUAGAGGACGAGAUCAACCAUUUAUAAAAGAUAUCGACACUUUGGGAGAGAAACAAUGCCCUAAAACUAACGCGGUGGUUUUGUCAAGAACUAUUGGAGGUCGUGCUGCGGACUUACCCAGUUCUUUAACGAACCGUUUGUUUUUAUCAUAUCUACGAGGUACUGCCGAGAACAGCAUUGACUGCCUAGCAGUAACUGAUCUAUGUAUUAUCAUUCCGGAAAAACAAGAGACUUGUCCUCCAGCUUACCGACAAGUCACGGAACCUAUAUGUAUAAGUUCAUUCAGAUUAAAAGCCUAUAUUUGUUAUCGCAAGUCACUUGUAAAACAAUGUAUAAUUUCCUACAAACCUGAGGUAUUAUAUUGGUAUAGAGUUCCAAGCGUUGAUUACAAUUUUUCAAAUCCCAGUAUACAUAAUGAAAAUUCGCAGUAUCCCUUGGUUGUUCCUAACAAACCAUCUAGUGACCCUCCUGAAAUGUGUGACCAACUCAACAAUGGGAUGGAUGAUAAAACCUGUUCAGAUUUUACACCAGAAUCUCAAGUUGCUCCAUUAGAUCCGGAUAUAUUUCAAGUAGCCAAUUUCUGUCUUCCAUGGGGUGCAUCAAUUGAAUCAUGGUCUGUGAAUCAAGAUCCACCUGAAGUUAAUUCUUUCACAUUUAUGCUUACAAAUGAAGCUUACCAAAAGCUUUAUGGUGUUGCACUUACUUUCUAUGAACCUUAUAUUGAAGAAUUAGAUCUACAUAAAUGCUACUGUUUAGGAGUUGAUCCAGAGUUAAUUAAUUCCAGAUCUAGUACAGAUUCAGUAAAUCAUGAAUAUGAUCCUAAUGAAGAGGCAAUAGCUAAACGACAACGUCAUUUUUUAGCAUCACGUGUUGGUGAUCGUGUUAUUGGUGUGACGAAAACUCUUUGUAUACUUUCUCGUUGGUCAUUCACUUUACCAUUUUCUAAUUUUUUGGGAUUUCUAUACAGUCGAUGUUUGUUAUCAAGUAGUUUGGAUAAUAUUCCAUUUGAACGGUAUUUAGGUUAUUUCUUAUUUGAAAUUCCUUUUCCUGAUCGAGCAAUACCAAGUAUAUCUGUUGAUCUAUGUGCUGCUCCUAUUCUAAUUCAACGUCCAGAUGACACCAAUGCAUCUUCUUCAAGUUGUGAAUCAUUCUUUCGUCUUUUGGAUAAUUUAAGUGUGGAUUUAAUUAUUCAGUUAUUGGUUCAACUACUUACUGAACAAAAAAUUCUUAUGUCAUCUGUACGACAUUCAGUAUUGAGCGAUAUUGGUGAAGCUCUAAUAUACAUGAUAUUCCCAUUGAAAUGGACAGUUGUAUAUAUUCCAUACAUAUAUAUGGGCUGCAUUCAUGUGAUUCAAUCACCUUCACCAUACUUAAUUGGAAUGGACUCAAGAUUUUUUGACUUUUUCCGUUUACCACCUAAUGGUGGCAUUGCCUAUCUUGACUUGGAUACAAAUAAUUUCAAGCCACCAUUAGCACCGGGUCAACCAAUAUUUGAUUCAAAAGUUCUCCCCAAAAAACCAUUGAAACAGUUAAAAACAAGAUUAUUAGAAUUAAAAGAGAAAAUAUUUCAAAUGAAAAAUACUCGUAAAACAUCAUCUAAAAUGAUACCUAGAAAUAUGAUGUUAGAUUGUAUGUUUUCAACAUCGAAUUCAGAUUUAGCUCAAGAUGAAUUAAUUAAAGUUCGUAAACGUACACAAAUUGGUUCAUGUAUUAAAGAGGCAUUUCUGCAAUUUAUGGUACAUUUAUUGAAAGACUAUCGUUUAUGUCUUGAACCUGUUCGUAAUUCUCAAACGGAUGUUAUGUUUAAUAUUGAACAUUUCUUACGAGAAUGCGCUGAUAAGCAUACAAUACCAUUUUAUCGUGCUUUAUUUGAAACACAACAAUGGAAUAAUUUUGUUCGUGAUCGAAUUUACGCUUCAUCACGUGAUGAAGAAUUAGAUUAUUUCGAUAAUCGUAUUGAAUUAUUGCUGGAAAGUGAAUCGAAAUCUCGACUACAUCCCCAUCAACAUCUUCAUCGUUCUCGUAAUAAUAUUAGUUUAACAACUAUGAGUAAUAUAUUCACAAUUAAACGAUCGGCAUCAUCGUCUCAUGAACAACUGAGCAUUACAAAUAAUCAUAAUAGUAGUAGUAAUAAUCAUUUAAGCUAUGCGGAUCAUAAUAAUCAUUCAGAAGAUCGAUCAGUGUCAAGUAACACAUCGAUCAAAGAUAGAUCGGAUGAAUCGACGGAUUCACAGCUUUCAAGUGAUUUAGGGCUUUUACCUAAUAAUAAGAAUCUGUGUAUAACAGUUAUUAGUCCUCCAUGUUGGCCAGUUCCUGAAUUCGUCGACACACCUCAACUGCAACACUUAUUAUGGACAAAAGAACAUUCACUCGGUUUUUUUCCAACUAAUAUUAAUUCUGCAUUAUUAGACUUAUUAGCUUCAAGAGCAUUUCUUUUAAAAGCUACUUUGUCAAAUAAUUCUAUAAUCACACCAAUGUUUAAUGUUAAUGAUAACCCUGAUAAUUCCAAUCUAAUUACUACAUUGAUAACAUCAGUACCAGAAGAGGUUAAAAAUAAAGAGAAUUGCAUUUCUUUUAAUUCUAUCACCUGUAGUGAUAUGCUUUUAUCACCAACUCCUGUCCACUGUUGGUCAAAAUCCCCAGUAAAUACCAAUAUAUUAGACCAUAAUCCAGAUUCUCGAACACCGACUGGAAUGUCAAUAUUGAUGAUGACAAAACUACAACUUAACACUACUCAAAGAUUUGGUUCAUUAAUGUUAGUAAACAGUCCAUCUCCACUAAUUAUUCGUUCAAAUCGUCCAGAGAAUACGAGUUUAAUUGGUUUGAGUACAAAAUAUUGUUUACCAGUGAAUAAUGCAACUAUUUUAAAGCGUACAUCGCAAGAAUUACGAUAUACGCUAAAUUAUUGUAUUAGCAUUUCAGAAACUGAUGAUUAUACUAAAGUCAAGUAUUUAGCAGGAUCUGCCUAUUCAAUUUGGUUUAUGUUAUUACCAGGUUAUCUAUCUUCUGUGUAUAAAUACUAUACAGAUGAAAUUGACAAUAUAAAUCAUUGUGUGAAUAAAACUGAAAUUGUUAAUGAAUAUCAUAAUGCACAACAACAGAGUGGAAGUACAGGGUGUAAAUUUUUCAAUUCUAUUAUUAGUAACAACAAUAACGAUAAUAAUAAUGGUAAUUAUCUUGAAGUAAUGAAUGUAAUUAAACAAAUUAUAAUACAAUCGUUUGGUGUAUACAAGAGAAUACACGACUAUGAACUUGAAGUUCCUGAUCAGGUUGCUUUACGAAUAUUGUUAGUGUUAUUGUAUCAAAAUCGUAUUGAAGAUUUCGAUUUACUGAAGUUCAUUAAUUCAGUAGACUGGUCAUCAUCGUCAUCUGGAAUUGCGAAUCAUAUUUACAAAGCAUUUGAGAAAGAGCUGAGAGAACACGAAAGAUUGGAAAACGAACGUUUGAUGUCCACAUCUAAACAUCAUAGUCAUCGUCGUUCGGCUUCUGCCGAUACUGAACUGAAUCCAUCUACACAAAUGAAUAGUUCUGAAAAUACAACUGGCGUCAUAGUACCUCAACCGUUUAAUUCAUCUGAUGAUCUUACUGAUCAAGGAUAUUCAACAUUGAAUAUACAUGAGGAUAAGACAAGUUCAGAUCAAGACUGGUCACCUGUUGUUGACCAAUCUACAAAUAUCAACAAUGAUUCAAUGUCAUGUGUUGUUUCGACCGAUGAUAAUCAUCCACUUCCAAUGGAACAACAUCAACGAAUUCAAGAAUCAUCUGUUAUUGGUAACGGUGACGACACUUUAUGUCAUCACAGUUCACAGUCAAAAGAACACAUAACUAGUUGCAGUUCAAAUACUAUCAGCCAAUCUAUGCCUUCUUCCAGUUUAAAUUGUCUUCAAACAUCAAGCUUGAGUAAUGUUGAACAAUCAGAUCCAACUAUAGUUAUUGGUAAUGAUGAUGAAAAUAAUGUAACACACGUAAGGGAAAACCCUUCAUCAAUAGUGGAGAAUCAUAUUAGUGCUCCUGACACUGUCAAGUCUGUCUCUGUCUCAGCUGACGUUAUUAAUGAUCACAACAAUAGUAGUAGCAGUAGUAAUGGUACCAAUCUCAGUGAUGAUGAUUCAUGCGCAGAUGAUGAUGAAGAUUCUGAAAAUGAACACAUUCAUUACGGAUAUAAUUUACUAUCAUCAGCGCUAUCAAAAAUCAAACGUCCAUUCCUUCAACAUUAUAAUACUACUACUACUACCACUCAUAAUCCGUCAUCGUAUCAUCGUACUCCUUAUUCACAUCAUAGUAGUAUAGAUGUGACUCGAGAUAGUAAACAUUUAUUAUUUUCAAAAUCAUCUAGACAAUCAUUUGAUGAUAAUUCUUCGUCAAUUAAUGUUAUGAGACAAUCAGCGCAUCAUCAAAAUAUUAUGACUAAUAGUCCGACUACCACUACUACCACUUCUGUUACUACUACUAAUGAUCAUUCAAAUUUGACAGCUACACUUGUGGAUAAUAAUAAUAAUAAUGUUGAUAGUGAUGAUGAUGUUGAAGACAACGACGAAGACAAUGAAGAUGCUAACGCACAGACCAAAGUUUCAGUUGUUCAUAAUGCAUUGAACUUUUUUAAUAGAUCUACAUCGGAUUUUAUCAAUCGUAUCAAUAUGAAUCGAUCUUUAUUAGAUUGGCGUUCUCUUAUUCCAAGUUUAUCCACAAAUCCAACUCCACAAUCAGGAAGACGUGCAACUACUUCAAAUUGUUUUACAGGUUCAAAUUUAACUAAUCAACAUGGAGGUUGUCAUGUUCAACCACAAAAUCAAUAUUAUCCUUUACCACCACAAUAUCAACCACAAAGUGAACGUAUUUCACGUGUUUCAUGGUCUAAACCAUCAUGUAUAGAAAUGAAGAAUACUGAUUCAACUUGUAAUCAAUCUUCUGAUAAUAUCCCAUAUACUAAUACACAUAAACUAUCCGACUCUGGAUAUCUUGUAAAUCCAAUGAAUAGUAAAUUGUUGGAUAUGAAUUAUCAUUAUUAUGACAAUUAUUAUAUCAAUAGUAAUGGUAAUUAUCAAUUAACUAGACAAUUUCCACAGGUUAAUAAUGCUUUAAAUAGUGUUUCGUCAAAUCAUUAUGAAUGUGAGUAUCAUUCUUCAGCUAAUCACGUUGAUGAUUCAAACUCGCUGAAUGAUAUGUGGAUCAAUGUCGCUGGUCCAUUACUGGUUGGCGAUGUUAAUCGGCGUAUAUCACCUGCCAAUACACGUACAAUACAUUUGCAACAGUGUUUAUACCAACAAUAUAUGUACAAUAGUACAUCACCAUUAUCGGUACCAGCUCCAUCAUUUUAUGUCAAUCAAAAUGAAUCAUCUCAUGUUAUCCCAACACUGAAUAAUACUUAUUAUGGAUUAACAACACCAAAGCAUGGUAAUUGUUCUUCAGAUAAUUCAACCACUUCAAUACCAGUUACAGUAGCGACAAUAACAACUCCAAAUACUGCUUCACAACAGCUGACUUCGAAUCCAGAUGAUCAUCAAACAACUUCAGUAGUUAGUGAUUCUUGUUUAUUUUCAAAAAUCACAACACCAACUGUUCAGUCACAAUCCCCGCUUCUUAGCCAUAGUGAUAACAGUAGUAAUAAAGAAUCAUCACCAUCUUUUUCCUCCACAUCGACAACAAUAUCAGAUGGUAGCCAACUUCCUAACGUUAAUGGAAACAAUAAUAAUAAUAUUAUUACUCAUUUGAAUGUAUUCAUCACAACUUGUUCCACAUGUCCAAAGUGUAAACAUUAUGUUUAUGAUGAAGAGAUAAUGGCUGGUUGGUCUACAGAUGAAAAUGACUAUAGAACAUUUUGUCCAUUUUGUAAAACUUACUUUAUACCACAAUUGUCAAUACGUAUAUUUGGUGAUACAUGUGGAGGUGUUGGAGGUGGUGUUUAUAAUCAGUCAGCAAAAUUACAACAACGUCAACAGUCAAGAGAACAACACUUACGUACAACUUUUUCUCAAUCGUCGAAUAAUCCGUCCAAUCUCCAGUGUGAUAGAAAUGAUUCAACUGAAUCAAUUCAAUCUAAAUCAUGCACCUCAGCACCAGUGCAAAGUACUUCUAUGGGUCUAAUGGAAAUGACCUUUUCUUAUUUAAGUCCAUUUGUCAUUAGAAAAUCUUUAGAAACUAUUAUUCAAAAUGAAGGUGGUGAAUGUUUACAUUGUCAAUCAAUUCAAUAUUCUUUAUUACAUCGUCAUACUCAAUUAACAUGGAAUUUAGUAUGGUUAAUGUAUCGUUUAGGUUUACCAACAUAUUUAUUAGAUUCAUUACCAAUAUGGAUAAUGAAUUAUCAAAUUGAACAACGUAUUAAAUUUAAAACAAAUCCAUCACAUACUCAACAUCAUCAUCGUCAUCAUCAUCAUUGUUCACAACAGUGUAAUUGUAAUAAUAAGCAAAUACAUAAUAACCAUUCAAUUAUAUUUACUGAUGCACUUUAUCAAGUUCAUUUAUCCCCCAAUUUACCUGUAUAUAUAUCAUUACGUUGGAAUGCAACACAUCCUGUACGAAGCGUUAUGAGAAAUUCAUUGUAUAAAUAUUGGUCCAAUUUUAGAAAUUCAGAUCAAAAUUCACCUUGGUCUUUGUUGAUUAAUGCUAUUAAAAAUGAUAAUAUGCGAUUUGCUGUAGAAUAUCUCGUACAAAUACGUGCACAUCUACAAUUUAAUUCUUCAUUACCAUUAACUAUUACACAAUCACGUACAACAUUUUCACCGCCACCACCAUUAUCAUCACCAUUAACAACAAUCGGAGCAACAACUUCACCAUCAUCAAUACAAACACAAACAUCAGAAUUAUCAUCUGAAAUAAAUAAAAACCAAUUGAAUUCAAACAAUACAAAUCAUGUUCAAUUACAAUCUACAGUAGAGAUAGACGAUUUUAAAAUGAGACGAAAUAAAUUAAAUCAACAAAUUCGAUGUGGUGAUAUUGAAUGUUAUGCAGCAUGUUUGGAAAAUUCACUUUAUCGUGAAUUAUUAUUUCUAAUUGUACAAGCAUUAUCUCGAACAUCGUUGGAUCUAAUGUCAUUCGACGAAAAAUAUGAUAUAGUUUAUCGAUCAUUCAGAAACUCUGGUUGUACAUUUCUAACUGAUUUUGACCAAUCACCAACCCUGUUAGCUUCAAUUUGUCGUCAAAUGCUACGCCCGUUAACAUUGAGACCAUAA